AUGCAAGAAUAUGACCUAGGUUUGAAAGAGUUCGGUGACUCAUGCCAGGUAUUACAACUUACGUGGGAUCUAGGUUUGAGGCAUGUCAUUGCGGAAGUUGACAACCUAAGUGUGGUUAACAUGGUGUUGCGUGACGAGGACAUUGCUGGUAUACAUCGGGGUUUGAUACUUGCUAUUCGCAAGAUGAUGCACAAGACAUGGUCUGUGAGUCUGAGGCAUGUUUAUCGGGAACGGAACUUUGCAGCUGAUUCCUUAGCAUCAGUAGCAGCAAUCAGUGCUGGCGGUCUGAGCCGAUUAGAGGAACCUUCGGAUGAGGUCAAUCCAUGA